GAACGCGAAGGGAGUGAAAAGCAUCAUGGGUAGGAUCACGGAAGUUUGUCAAGAUGGCGGCUGUUCCUUCAUCAGGAUCUUCCAGACGAAACGUAAUGACUGGUGAUUUGCCAGAGGAUUUCUUGCGGCUAUCACCAGCAAUGAAUCAAGCUUCCCAACCUACCGGGAGAGGGCAGAUGGUCCCAGUACAGCCUGUAACUUAUUAUCAACCUACAGGGCUUAUGCAGCCGUAUCAACAACAACCCAUGGGGAGACUUAGUGUCACAGUACAACAGGCUAAGUUAGCCAAGAACUAUGGUCUUACACGCAUGGAUCCUUAUUGCCGUGUCACUGUUGGAAACCAUGUAUUUGAAAGUCCAACAGCUCAUAAUGGUUCAACAAAUCCUCGCUGGAACAAGCUAAUGUCAAUACCUGUACAAGAAGGUGUGAAAAACAUCUAUGUGGAAAUUUUUGAUGAGCGAGCAUUUUCUAUGGAUGAGCGUAUUGCUUGGGGUUUGAUUGCCAUCAAGGAUUCAGUGUUUGAAGGGGAAACUUUAGAAGACUGGUACUCCCUCACUGGCAAGCAAGGAGAAGAUAAAGAAGGCAUGAUCAAUUUGGUAUUUGCAUACAGGAAAGUACCUGCUGCACCUCCCCAAGCCAUGGUGUAUCCUAACAUGCCAAUUAUGAUGGUACCUCAGCCAGUUGUACCUGGCACUCAAGUUGUUUACCCUGGAGGAUAUGGGCCUGGACAGCCAGUACCUACAGGUCAGCUGCAGCAGCAGCAGCAGCAGCAGCAACCACCAAGGUUCAGUGAACAGGACGUAUCAGGCUUGAAGGAUAUGUUUCCAAAUAUGGAAGAAGGGGUCAUUCGGUCAGUGCUUGAAGCUUGUGGGGGAGAUGUUAAUGCCGCUACAACUCAUCUGCUGAGUAUGACAGACUCUUAAAUGACACUGUUGUGAAGAGGACUUGUGAUCUACUGUAUACAGCUCAAGUGGCAGUGAAGCAGCCAUGUGACAAUUAGAAAAUUAUUUUAGAACUGAAGUGAAACCCUGAACUACUACAGAUAAACUUCUGCUCUCUCUAGAGGAAAAUAAGUAUGAUAAUGGUUGUUCAUAGCUAAAAGUAUAUGAACAACAGUUCAUGAAUUUAAAACACUGACAAUGCAAAGCUCUUGUGAAUUAUUUUAAAGGUUGAUAAUACACACAAAGGCUUUGAAUAGAAUGAUUCCUUAGCUUUCUUGUGUUUUUUUAAGUAAGUGUACGUAGCAAAUAAUUUUAGACUUAAAAACGCUGUAUCCAUACAAUAGCUGCUAGUCAAGACUACAAUGACACCAUUGGAAAAGCAGUACAUACAAUCACUGUGCUUCUGGACAGAUGGUAGUCAAAUUCAGAUUUUAAAAUAAAGUCAUAUAAUAUGGCAAUUA